CUCACUAGUUUGGAAAGCCCCACCCAGCAGGGGAGUGAGGAACAAAACCUGCCUCCUGGAGGUCCCCAGGCAGGCGGGCAGACACGCCAGCCCAGGGCCAGGAGAGCGGCUGCUAGAACCAAGCAAGAAUGAAAUACGUCCUGAUUUUGGAACUGGAAGAUGGAAGCUCAAGACCAGCUCUGCCACUUCCAGCCAUCCACCUUGGGUGGGUGCCUCUCGGGGCUUGAGCUCCCUCCCUCUGAAUCUAGGACAAUGGCAAUCCCUACCCCACCAAGUCAUGGCCAGUGUGGACAUGAUAACACGAUGGUUGUGAAAUCAUGUGCCCAUCACGCCCUUAAUGAAGGUGCCCAUUUCCAGGUUCUUCCAGCCCUGUGACGCCAGGGGCCAAGAUCGUCCACUCAGGGAAGCCAGGCCGGGGUCAGCAUGAAUUGGGCAUUCCUGAGGGAUGUGCUGAGCGGGGUCAACAAGUACUCCACGGCGCUGGGCCGCAUCUGGCUGUCCGUGGUCUUCAUCUUCCGCGUGCUGGUCUACGUGGUGGCGGCCGAGGAGGUGUGGGAUGACGAGCAGAAGGACUUCAUCUGCAACACCAAGCAGCCGGGCUGCCCCAAUGUCUGCUAUGACCAGUUCUUCCCCGUGUCCCACGUGCGCCUCUGGGCCCUGCAGCUUAUCCUGGUCACGUGCCCCUCACUCCUCGUGGUCAUGCACGUGGCCUACCGCCAGGAGCAGGAGCGGAAGCACCGCCGGAAGCACGGGCCCCAUGCCCCGUCCCUGUACGACAAUCCGGACAAGAAGCGGGGUGGGCUCUGGUGGACCUACCUGCUGAGCCUCCUCUUCAAGGCGGCCGUCGACGUGAGCUUCCUCUACAUCUUCCAUCGCCUCUACAAGGACUAUGACAUGCCGCGGGUGGUGGCCUGCUCCGAGUCGCCCUGCCCCAACACCGUGGACUGCUACAUCUCCCGGCCCACCGAGAAGAAGAUCUUCACCUACUUCAUGGUGGCCACGGCCAUCCUCUGCAUCCUCCUCAACCUCGGUGAGGUCUCCUACCUGGUGGGCAAGAGGUGCCUGGAGAUCCUUGGCCCCAGACCCCGGGGGUCUCGGCACCAGGCUCGCCUGCUGGAGGCGUGUCCACCAUAUGCCCUCUCCCCGGGGGAGCACCCCCAAGAUGGGAACUCUGUCCUAAUGAAGGCUGAAAUGACCACAGUUGAUGCAGCUGGGUUUCCAUAA